AUGCAUAUUUCUCGCUGUGGCAUUCAUGGUUUCCAUGAACUGCUCGGAAUCGACACUGAUGAGAUCCGCUUCUACUGGGCAAUUGAGAGCGAAAACCAACAUGCCACUCAAGUCUUCUAUCGCAUUGUAGUGACAACCGAUCCUACAGAUCUCGAGUCAUGCAGUCCAGAUCCUUCCAAACUAGUCUGGGAUUCUCAACCCAUUGAGAGCAAUGAACAAAGAAAUAUCGUCUGCAAGCCCUCCAACGGCUUUCAGUCCACUACCAGCCACUUCUGGAGAAUCACAGUGUGGGAUCAAGCCGACAAUGCCCACCAUAGCGCUAUAAACCACUUCUUUACAGCGUAUCCUCGGUCCCAUCUUCUCCCGCCGUACAGUAUGAACCAGACAUACAUGCCGCACACCAGUCUGAUUUUUAAGUCUUGGUUCGAAGACGAGGCAAAUCGCUGGAAAGCGGUUUGGAUCGGCGAUGGAGGCGACAAGCCCAUUUAUCUCAGGAAGUCCUUUGAGUUGACCCGAAAGCCAGUUCGGGCUAUAUUGUUCGCAUCGGGACUUGGCCACUUCAAUAUGUCCAUCAAUGGCCAGCCGGCUUCUGACCAUCGCCUUGAUCCAGGCUGGACCAAUUACCACCGCCGUGUCCAGUUUACCUCGUACGAUGUGACAGGUCAUCUUGAUGCAGGACAGAACGCCCUGGGCGUUCAUUUGGGCAACGGCUUUUACGCUGGAGACAAAGGUGGCGAUGAUCGCUUCUUCUGGCCCAUGUACGAAGAUAACACAUACGUCCGGUACGGGAAUGAGCUUUGCUUCUUCGGUGAAUUGCAUCUUUUCUACGAGGACGGGGAACAUACAGUUCUCAUUUCCGAUCGCUCUUGGAGCGUGAGGAAGAGCGCUACUACACUGGCGAACAUCUAUGCCUCCGAGAAUCAUGAUCGACGUCUCUACCCUUCAGGCUGGGACUCUGCUAGUUUCGAUGAUACCGAAUGGGCGCCCGCGAAACCUCUGACUGGCCCUAGAGGCCAUAUCUAUUACCAGACCCAGCCCCCGGUUGUGCUACAUGAAACCUUCCAGCCGGUUAAGAUCCAUAGCCCCAAGAAGGGGGUUGUCUGUUAUGACCUAGGUCAGAAUGCAUCGACCAUGGUCAAAAUCGCUGUCGAAGGUGCGGCGGGCUCAGAGAUUAUUGUUCGAUACUCUGAGACUGUUAGAGAAGAUGGCACUGUUUUGAUGCCUGAUCCCCUGUUUAAGGAGUUCGAAACGGGUGUCUUUUCGAGAAUCUUCCUGUCCGGUACUGGCCAGCCUGAGAUAUGGGAGCCAGACUUCAGCUUCACGAGCGCUAGAUACAUUCAGGUCGAAGGUGUAUCUUUGGAUGCAGGUAGCGAGUUGCCUGUCAUUCAUUCCGCGCAUGGUCGUCAUAUCUCUUCCGCGGCUAGAAAGGUUGGACAUAUGACAACCGACAAAGCUGAUGUCAACUCAUUGCUGAGUGCCCUGAAUUGGUCGUUCAGCAGCAACCUGUUCAGCUACCACACAGAUUGCCCACAGAUCGAGAAGUUCGGUUGGCUUGAAGUCACCCAUCUACUGGCUCCAGCUACGCAAUACAUUCGCGACAUGGAGAGUUUGUACACCAAAAUCCUUGAUGACAUCCUGGACAGCCAGGAGGCUAGUGGCCUCGUGCCAACAAUGGCACCCGAAAUACGCUAUAUGUGUGGCCCACUACAUGACACGAUCACUUGGGGCUGUGCGCUCUGCCUCCUUCCGGAUAUUCUUCGACAAUAUUACGGGUCCACACACGUUAUCCCCAAGGUGUACCCCGCAGCAGUUCGAUAUAUGGAAUAUAUGCAGACCAAAGAGCGCAAGGGUGGGCUCAUUGAGCACGGACUCGGCGACUGGGGUCGAGGUAUCGCUUUCGGCAACAACCAAGCAAACAUCGAGACAGCGGUCUAUUACCGCUGCCUGCAAUGCGUUGAGAUGAUGGCACGCGAACUGGGCAAGCUCGAAGAAGCGGAGAAGUUCAAACAGUGGUCUGCUCGUGUCUACGACGUCUACAAUCACCACCUUCUUGUGACCGAUGACCCGUCGCGCCCCUAUGUCUAUUAUACAUCUCUCGACAACUACCCAGAAAGGGACUGUGAUGCAAUCGCCCAAGCUAUGGCUUUGCAAUUUGGACUCGUACCCACCGAGUUCCACAGCGACGUCAUGGCAGCCUUCCUGGACGACGUAGCCGAUGGCAAGAUCCGUGCUGGUGAAAUCGGGCUACGCUUCCUCUUCAACACGCUCGCUGAUGCGAAGCGGCCAGAUCUUGUUUUGCAAAUGGUGAGACAAGAGGAGCAUCCAUCAUACAUGCGUUUUCUGCGCCGUGGAGAGACUACGCUCCUGGAGUUCUGGCAGGAUGAAUGCCGUAGCAAGUGUCAUGACAUGCUGGGCACAAUCUACGAAUGGUUCUAUGCUGCUGUGCUUGGGUUGAAACCUGUCUCAGAGGCAUACCGGACUUUUGAGAUUGAUCCUCCUUACGAAUCUGAAUUCAACAAUGUUAAAGGAUCUGUCGAUUCCCCCUAUGGGCUCAUUUCGAUUGAAUUCACGCGCACUAACAACACUUCGGUGAAACUGAACCUUCAGGUGCCAUUUGGGACUACUGCUACACUCAAACUUCCGGCCGAUAUGAAGGAGGCUCAAGUUGGCUGUGCAAGGGAGGAAAUCAAACCCGUCCAUGGGAGAGAAUUGGAGCUCAACCAUGGACUAUACACUGUAUUCAUUCAGCUAUAG